AUGAAGGUCCUCCUUAAGAAAAACAUCCCAAAUGCCCUUCUCAUUUCCAUCGGGCUUCAUAUUCUCCUGAUGAUGCUACUUGGAACCUUAUAUCGACAAAGACUCGAUUGGCAACCCAAGCCGGUCACGGAAUUUGACAUCAUCAAAAUUCGAUUGCGGAGUUCCGUGCGUCCAUUGAAACGGCUUCGCCACCUGCCACUACAACCCUCCACAGUUCCUGAAAAUAUGCAACAGAUGGAGACGGUCGAGGUGCAACCUCCCGCGCUUCAGACAUCGGCAGCACCCGUAUCGCAUCAAGACGCCACCGUCGAAUUACAAACACCCGAUCUUGCCUCCACUGCGCAAGGAGAACAUACCUACGGAAAGGGGUUACAGGCUACGCCUGUAUCAGGAUUAGGCGGCAGUGGUGCAGGAAGUGGACUGGGUUCACGCGUUUCAGGCAAUGGAAAAGCCGGGGGCACGACUCGCGGCUUUUUAGGCGGGACGAACGGGCAACCCUCCUCCGACAUUGGGGGGUUAACGCUUGCUGAUCUGGCACUCACCAGGGUAGGGAGACAUAUCGUCGCAAACCGUGGAUCCGAUCUCGUUGACAUCGUCUUUGUUAUUGACGGCAGUGGGAGUAUGAAAAACGAUGUUGACGCGGUGCGCGAACACCUCAGUGCUAUGACGGAUCUCUUUGAUAGCGCAAGUAUGGACUUCACUAUCGGCAUCGUUACCUUCCGAGCUGGAACGGGAUAUGGUUUACUCGGUUUGGAUUUUGAGGUGAUCCCUCAAACGCGUUCCGUCACUCAAAUUAAGAAGGUGCUGGCACAAUUGAAAUUCCGCGGAGACGAGAACGGUCUGGACGCUCUCAUCCGAGCCGCCGAUGAGGUAGCGUUCCGACAAGACGCUGAGGUCCAUUUCAUAUUUGUCACAGACGAAUAUGUAAGCGGGGCAUACUCUUCAAUAGACGUGAUGGUAAAAAUGAAAACUUCCAAAAUCAAGGUAGAUGUUAUCGGACGCGAUGAACCGUUUCAGAAGUUUAUCGCCAAGAGUACGGGUGGCUUAUGGCUGCCGAUUUCAAGUCUCACGAUCCAGUAA